AUGAUGGAAGCCGUUGUGUCAUUUAAAAGGGAAAAUGACAUGUUCUAUGAGGACGGCGAGUCAUCUCUACCCUCUCCAUUUAGUUUGAUGCCUGAGGGACACAAAGGCAGCUAUGAUUUAGAACAAAUGAGGCAACAGGAAGAGGAGCAGAAUCAGAGUUUCACCUUCACCAGUGACUUGGAGGCUGCUCGAAAUACCAACACCAAUGCCAUCAAGAGAGGAGAUGCAGAGGCAUACGUUGAGUUGAAUGAGCUUCGGGGGGAGGUAUGGCAGGAAAUGGGACGCUGGGUGGGUUAUGAGGAGAACUUCAGCCCUGCCACAGGACAAUGGGGUUCCUCCCAGAUUUCCUAUCUCACAUUCAAAAGCCUCAUUCAACUCCGCAAAGUCAUGAGCACAGGAGUGGUGCUGUUGGAUGUUGAUGACAGCAGUUUAUCAAGCAUUGCUCAGAAGAUGGUGGAACAACUUCUGCUCAAAAAAGAGAUCCGGCCCACUGACCGCGAUGCUCUUGUGGCAAUACUGCAACGUAAGCGCAGUCAGUUAGAGCCCACUUCUUCCCCUAGUUCAGGAGACAUAGAGAUGCAGACAUUCUCAGUCACCAAACAGCGAGACAUGGUUGAUCGUGUAGAGGCCUCUGUUGUUCUGUCAGGUGUGGUGGAAAACCUUCAGAAACCAGUAGUAGCAUUUGCACGUCUGCAGAAUUCAGUGGUGAUGGAAGGAGUUUUAGAAGCUCCAAUUCCUGUUCGCUUUGUCUUCUUCCUGGUGGGCCCCAGCCACAGCGGUCUGGACUACCAUGAGAGUGGCCGGGCCAUGGCAGCACUGAUGGCUGACUGGGUAUUCACUCUGGAAGCUUACUUGGCCACAAAUGAGAAGGAUCUGACCAAUGCCAUGGCAGACUUCAUGGACUGCAGCAUUGUGAUACCGCCGACAGAAAUCCAGGAUGAGGCGAUGCUCAAGCCCAUAAUUAAUUUUCAAAAGAAGAUUCUACGUGAAAGGGUCCGCCCAUAUGAUACCAGACUCAUUGUUGGGGGCAAAGCACCAACUGGACCUGAGAAGCCACGGGAGGAUCCCCUGGCCCGUACCGGCUAUCCAUUUGGUGGUAUGAUCAAAGACAUAAAGCGCCGCUACAAGCAUUACCUUAGCGACUUCAAAGAUGCAUUAGACCCUCAGGUGCUGUCUGCUAUCAUCUUCAUCUAUUUUGCUGCCCUUUCUCCUGCCAUUACCUUUGGAGGACUGCUUGCGGAUAAGACGGAGCACAUGAUUGGGGUCUCGGAGAUGAUGGUUGCGACCUGCGUGCAAGGUGUCAUCUUUUGUCUGUUUGCGGCUCAGCCGGUUCUCAUAAUUGGGUUUACUGGCCCAUUGAUGGUGUUUGAGGAAGCCUUCUUUCAGUUCUGCAAGUCUCAUGACUUUGAGUACAUCGUGGGUCGUGUCUGGGUUGGCAUGUGGUUGAUCGUCAUUGUGGUGGUGAUUAUGGCAGUGGAGGGGAGCUUCCUUGUCCGCUUCAUCUCACGCUUCACCCAAGAGAUCUUCUCCAUCUUGAUCUCUCUCAUUUUCAUCUAUGAGACCUUUGCCAAGCUCAUGAGGAUUUUCCAAACGCAUCCUUUGACUCUGAACUAUGAACACUUGAAUAAUUCCUUGGAAGACCCCUUCCAUCCUGUCAAAAGGCAUGUCAAUUACACGCGACUUCCUGAUGGCAAUGUUACAGAGAUUCAUGAAGAAACAGAAAGGGCCUACCCCAACACUGCCUUGCUCUCAAUGUGCCUUAUGUUUGGCUGUUUCUUCAUUGCAUACUAUCUGCGUGGGUUUAAAACUGGAGUCUUCUUCCCUGGCCCAAUCCGUAGAAUGAUUGGAGAUUUUGGUGUUCCCAUCGCCAUCUUCUUCAUGAUCGCUGUGGAUAUCAGCAUCAAGGAUGCCUACACACAGAAACUGGUGGUUCCAAAAGGGCUGACUGUGUCCAACACUUCUGCAAGAGGCUGGAUCAUUAACCCAUUGGGUGAGAAGAAGGAUUUCCCAGUCUGGAUGAUGUUCGCCUGCGUUGUUCCUGCCAUAUUGGUCUUUAUCCUUAUUUUCCUUGAGUCCCAGAUCACUAUUCUGAUUGUGAGUAAGCCUGAGAGAAAAAUGAAGAAGGGCUCUGGUUUCCAUCUGGAUCUGCUCCUUUUAGUGUUCUUGGGAGGAGUUGGGUCGAUCUUUGGUGUCCCCUGGCUUAGUGCUGCCACAGUGAGAUCUGUCACCCAUGCCAACGCCCUGACUGUCAUGACAAAAGGUCCCCGACCACAGAUUGAACGGGUGAUAGAACAGAGGGUCAGUGGAAUUCUGGUGGCUGUAAUGAUUGGGGUCUCCAUUCUCAUGGAGCCCAUCCUGAAGAUGAUACCCAUGACAGCUCUGUUUGGGAUCUUCCUUUAUAUGGGUAUCACUUCACUAAAUGGCAUACAGCUUUGGGACCGUAUGCUUCUCCUAAUUAUGCCGAAAAAGCACCAUCCAUCUGUCCCAUAUGUCACUCGGGUGCCAACUAUGCGUAUGCACCUAUACACUCUGAUUCAGGUCAUGUGUUUGGCGAUUCUGUGGGCAGUGAAAUCUAGUAAAUUUUCGCUUGCUCUACCCUUUGUAUUAAUCCUCACAAUCCCUCUUCGAAUGUUCAUGACCGGCCACGUCUUUACUGUGAUGGAGAUGAAAUGUCUGGAUGCAGAUGAUGCAAAUGUGAAAUUUGCGAAAAAUGACGAGGACGACUAAAAUAACCCCUAAACAAACUUGGACAUCUUCCCCGAUUCUUGAUUCGAA